AUGGCAUACAGAGAUUGGAUCCAUCGUAAGCGUCGUAUAGACGAUGAUCAAGAAGAGGAUGCACGGCAAGUAGAAGCUAUAUUGCGCCGAAUGGAAGCAAGAGGAGAAGAACGAAGGCAAAUAGUACCAAACAUGGCAGAUCAUCCGACUACUUAUCGCGAUGUAAUCAACAACGAACAGCAAUUUGAGCGAUACCUCGAAGCUAUCAGAGACGAUACGACUGCCUUGGAAUAUUUCGAAGAUGUUCUCCAUGAAAGAAGGAGACGCAGAAUCAAGGGGUAA